AGCAACCUAACCUCGCUUCAUUCUGAAGGCCCAGUCAUCAGUCAUCAAGGCUUCUAGCUUUUCACUACAGACCUCUGUCUCUCUUGUCUCUUCUACGACCCACUCAGCCACUCUACUGCCAAUUCAUCUCAUCGCAAACCUUCUUUGUUCUUUUCGAUCUUUUCUCUUCGAGGCAAGCCUCUGAUAGCUCCAACCCCUGUUCCUACUACGGUCCCUUUUUCAGUUUUUGACAGUUACUCCCUUCGAUUACUCUCCUCUGCUCUAACAAGAUCAGACCCAUCAUGGCUCCUAACCUCGUUAGCACUGCUGCGAAAACGGCUAGUUUGGUGAAACUGGCCAGUAUGCCCAGCAGAGCUUACGUUACGUUCUUAGCAGGCAACGGCGACUACAUCAAAGGCGUUGUCGGUCUGGCCAAGGGGCUAAGAAAGGUGAAGAGCGCUUACCCGCUUGUCGUCGCUGUCCUACCGGACGUUCCAGCAGAGCAUCGUCGGAUUCUUGAAUCCCAGGGAUGCAUCGUCAAAGAGAUAGAACUUGUGUACCCACCUGAGAAUCAGACCCAGUUCGCCAUGGCGUACUAUGUCAUCAACUAUUCCAAACUGAGAAUUUGGGAGUUCGUGGAAUAUAGCAAGAUGAUAUACUUGGAUGCUGAUAUUCAAGUGUACGACAACAUUGAUCAUCUAUUUGAUCUGCCGGGAGGGUACUUUUACGCGGUGAUGGACUGUUUCUGCGAGAAGACAUGGAGUCACACACCGCAGUACAAGAUCGGCUACUGCCAGCAGUGCCCGGACAAGGUGAAGUGGCCCGCUGAGAUGGGUCAACCCCCUUCCCUGUACUUCAACGCCGGGAUGUUCGUCUUUGAACCAAGCCUCUCUACCUGCGAUGAUCUCCUGAAAACCCUGAAGGUCACUCCCCCAACCCCGUUUGCAGAGCAGGACUUCUUGAAUAUGUUCUUCAGGGAUGUAUAUAAGCCCAUUCCUCUGAUCUACAACCUGGUCUUGGCGAUGCUGUGGCGUCACCCUGAGAACGUAGAGCUCGACAAAGUGAAGGUCGUUCACUAUUGUGCAGCGGGUUCGAAGCCAUGGAGGUACACAGGGAAGGAAGAGAACAUGCAGAGAGAGGACAUAAAGAUGCUUGUGAAGAAAUGGUGGGAUGUGUACAACGAUGAAUCUUUGGGUUACAAGAAACCGGCGGCCACGACGGAAGACCAGGUCGACCCGUCGGCUGUGGAUCACCUGCAACCAUUACUCGCGGCGUUGUCGGAGGCAGGAGUGGCUCACUGCGUCACCGCCCCUUCGGCAGCGUAGUUACCAAUUUACCAUUGGCUCCUUUAUUAUAAUCAGACAGAUAGCCACAAUGUGUGAAGGUGUAGGUGUGAAAAGAGCAAGAAUCAAAAAUAUGAUGUGUGAGUGAGACAGGUCCCCCUCGGUUUAUAUGUGUAUGGGGACAUGAUUGUCAUUAUGAUAAUUCUGUCUCCUCUCACCUUUUUUUUUUUUUUUUCUUUAAUUUUUUUGAGAAGUCAGAUUUAAAUCUCCAUGACUCCAUGGAGUAUGUCCAUGCUUUUGUCAAUUAAAUUAAUUAAUAUUAUUAUAAUGUAUCUAUCCAAAAAAGUUAAUGUUAUAAUGAAGAAUGGUUGUAUUUGUGUA